AUGAAACGUAGUUUCGGAGCUAUGAAUUCAUCCAUUGAAAUAAGUUCUUAUCGUGAUCAACACUUCAAGGGCUCCCGUAGUGAGCAAGAAAAGUUAUUGAAAACGUCAUCAACACUCUACGUGGGGAACCUGUCAUUUUAUACAACAGAAGAACAAAUAUACGAAUUAUUUUCACGAUGCGGUGAUAUUAGAAGAGUAAUAAUGGGCUUAGAUAAGUACAAAAAGACUCCCUGCGGAUUUUGCUUUGUGGAAUAUUAUACUAGAGAAGAUUCAGAAAACUGUAUGAGGUACAUAAAUGGUACAAGACUUGACGAUCGAAUCAUCCGUUGUGAUUGGGAUGCAGGAUUUAUUGAAGGCAGACAGUAUGGGAGAGGCAAAACUGGAGGACAGGUUCGAGACGAGUACAGAACAGAUUAUGAUGGAGGUAGAGGCGGCUAUGGAAAAAUCAUUGCACAAAAAAUUGUUCCAGCUCCCAUGGAACGUUGA